UUCAUACUAGUCAGCCAGCAGUAGUAGCUGUGCCCAACACAGCACAACACAUCCACCUUUGCUUCAUUUGCCCCUACCACUAGCAUGCUUUUUAUACCUGCCAACUCCUUCCUUACCACUAACUCCGGAGUCCAGACCUCUUCUCUCCAUUUCUACACAAUUUGACUGCACCCAUCCACCAACGUUGUUGUUAUUUCCAGAUAGCUACUGCAAACUUUAAUUGAGAGACCGGAGGAUUGAGUUGACAGUAAAACAUUUAGUACAAACAAUCUUUUCGUCUCCCUAAAACUCUUGCAGAAUUGCAGCUUUUUCUUUCCCUUUUUUCCCCCUUAAUUUAGAUUGAGUUGUUGUUGAUAUGGAUUACUGGACUUCAUCUGUCAGCGUCGAUGAUGAAUUUGAGAAGCUUGCUCUUCGAAUUAACCCGCCAAUGGUUACAGUUGACAAUGAAUCGGACAAGAAAGCAACUUUGAUCAAGGUUGAUAGCGCCAAUAGGAGAGGAAGCUUAUUGGAGGUGGUUCAGGUUCUUACUGAUUUGAACCUGAUAAUCAAACGAGCUUACAUCUCUUCAGAUGGGGAAUGGUUUAUGGAUGUAUUCCAUGUUACUGAUCAAGAUGGGAAUAAGCUAUCUGAGGAUAAGGUGGCGGAACGCAUUCAGCAGUCCUUAGGACCAAGGGGCCGAAGCUUUCGAUCUUUCAGAAGAUCUGUUGGUGUCCAGCCUGCCCUGGAGCACGCUACUAUCGAGUUGACAGGAAGAGACAGGCCUGGAUUGCUCUCAGAGGUAUUUGCUGUUCUUGCUGACCUCAAAUGUAAUGUAGUUGCUGCAGAAGUAUGGACUCAUAAUUCAAGAAUGGCAUCAGUAGUUUACAUCACUGAUGAAGUGAACGGAGUUGCAAUAGAUGAUCCUGAACGACUGUCUAAGAUAAAGCAGCUUCUCUUGCAUGUUUUAAAAGGAAAUAAAGAUAGGCGAAGUGCUAAUACUGCUGUUUCUGUUGGUUCCACCCAUAAAGAACGGAGACUGCACCAAAUGAUGUAUGCUGAUCGUGAUUAUGAUAAUGAUGUCAUGGAUUGUGCACCUACAAGCGACCGUACCAAGCCACUCGUAACUGUAGAAAAAUGUGCGGAUAAAGGCUACACUGUUGUGAACUUGAGUUGUCCAGACAGGCCUAAGCUUCUUUUUGAUACAGUGUGCACAUUAACGGAUAUGCAGUAUGUUGUGUAUCAUGGUACCAUCAUCGCUGAAGGACCAGAGGCUCAUCAGGAAUAUUAUAUCAGACAUAUUGAUGGAUGGCCCAUUAGUUCUGAAGCAGAGCGACAACGUUUAAUUCAUUGCUUGGAGGCAGCUAUAAAGAGGCGAACUUCUGAGGGAAUAAGGCUAGAAUUGUGUAGUGAAGAUAGGGUUGGCCUACUGUCAGACGUAACGCGCAUAUUCAGAGAGAAUGGCCUUUCAGUUACUCGGGCAGAGGUCACCACCAGGGGCUCUCAAGCUGUCAAUGUGUUCUAUGUAACGGAUGCAUCAGGUUAUCCUGUAAAAAACGAGACCAUUGAGGCAGUUCGGAAAGAAAUAGGUUUAACCAUACUCCGUGUCAAGGAUGAAACGUACUCAACUUCACCACCCCAGCAGGGAGGAAAGUUUUCUUUGGGUAAUUUAUUUCGAUCAAGAUCAGAAAGGUUCCUCUACAACUUGGGUCUAAUAAAAUCAUGCUCCUGAGCAUUUGAAUAGGGGAGUUAAGUUGGAAAUCCGAUGCCAGGAAAAUGCACGUGUGAAUGGGAUAGAAUGGGAUUAGUGGUAGGUUAAAAAGGCAUGGCAAAGCCUUUAACCAACUUCGUGUUGAUCCUUGAUUAAGGCCUCAACCAAUCAACUGUGUAUUCUGCUUAAGCCUUGUAAAGUUUCCGGAUAACCUGUAAAUUCCAUUCCCCCAGCUCUUUUCUUUGUUGUUGUUUUUUGGUGUUGGUGGGCAAUGUAAAUCGAUAAAUGGUUGUUAGAAUGUUGGUAUUGUUUUUAGGUGCAGCAACUCAGUAGUCAUUGGAUAAUAGCACGGGAAGUGGUGAGGCAAUGGGAGAUGGACAAAACAAGCAGCAAGUACAUAUACAAGUACAUAUAUUCAUUGGUUUC